UUGCCAUCGCGGAUAGUAAACGGACAAGUAGCAGUGGCCACAAAGCGAGGCAACGGUCGAGGCUAGUUGGAGAGGAAAGCAGGGGUUGAUGGCAGCUGCUCUAGUUCCGGCUUCUUCUCUACCCCGCUCAACCUCUCGCUUUCUCUCAUUCAGCAGCAGCAGAUUUCAUAGAAAUGGCCUCACAAUCUUAAAACCCCUAACCACUUAUUUCCCUCCCCUGCCGCCAUGUCUCCACUGUUACCCUCGCUUGGGAUAUAGCCAACGCGUCCGUACGGACGCCCAUUUAUUCGGUCGGAGAUGGUUCUCGAGUGUAAUCUCUGGAGCUCUGUCUUCAGGCGAAGCUGCUGCGGAGAAGGCGAAGACGCAGUUGCUCGAAAAGCAGCCGAACGUUAGAACUGGCGGGAAGGUCGGGGAGUUCCAGAAACGGUUGACAAUCGUUGAUAUAAAGGGUGGCCCCGAUGAAGGAUUGGAUCGUUUGGGUCAGAAGCUCGUUGUCAAGGGUUGGGUUCGAACUCUUCGCGCACAGCGCAGCAUUACGUUUAUUGAGGUUAAUGACGGUUCAUGCCUGUCCAACAUGCAAUGUGUAGUAAACUCAGAUGCUGAAGGUUAUGAUCAGGUGGAAGCUGGAUCUAUCACAACUGGUGCCUCUGUAUGCAUGGAGGGUACUGUAGUAAGCAGCCAAGGAACUGAGCAGAAAGUGGAAUUUAGGGUUACAAAAGUCAAGACGGUUGGGAAAAGUGACCCUUCCUUUCCUAUUCAAAAGAAAAGGGUAAGCAGAGAAUUUUUGAGAACCAAGGCCCAUCUUCGUCCUCGAACGAACACAUUUGGUGCGGUUGCGAGAGUGAGGAAUGCUUUGGCCUACGCUACUCAUAAGUUUUUCCAAGAAAAUGGAUUUGUCUGGAUUUCAAGCCCAAUAAUUACUGCUUCAGAUUGUGAAGGAGCUGGUGAACAAUUCUGUGUGACAACUUUGAUUCCAAACUCCCAAGAAGGUACUGAUUCACCAGUUGACACCAUUCCCAAGACAGAAAGUGGUCAAAUUGACUGGUCAAAGGAUUUUUUUGGAAAACCAGCAUUCUUGACAGUUUCUGGACAGCUUAAUGCUGAAGCAUAUGCAACGGCUCUUUCUGAUGUAUACACGUUCGGUCCCACAUUUCGAGCAGAGAACUCUAACACUUCUAGGCAUUUAGCUGAAUUCUGGAUGAUUGAACCAGAACUUGCUUUUGCUGAUCUGAAUGAUGACAUGGCUUGUGCAACCGCUUAUCUCCAGUAUGUAGUGAGAUAUGUUCUUGAAAACUGCAAGGAAGACAUGGAUUUCUUCAAUACUUGGAUAGAGAAAGGAAUCAUUGACAGAUUGAGUUAUGUUGUUGAGAAGGACUUUGUGCAAUUGACGUACACUGAUGCCAUUGAACUUCUUGUCAGAGCAAAGAAGAAAUUUGAAUUUCCGGUGAAGUGGGGUUAUGAUUUGCAAAGUGAACAUGAAAGAUACAUCACUGAAGAGGUUUUUGCUGGAUGCCCUGUAAUAAUCACAGACUAUCCGAAGGAGAUAAAAGCAUUCUAUAUGCGGCAAAAUAAUGAUGGGAAGACUGUUGCAGCCAUGGAUCUGUUGGUUCCUCGGGUUGGUGAGCUUAUCGGUGGAAGCCAAAGGGAAGAGCGCCUUGAAUAUUUGGAAGCUCGUUUAGAUGAAUUAAAGCUUAACAAGGAAAGCUUUUGGUGGUACCUUGAUCUGCGACGUUUUGGUUCAGUUCCCCAUGCAGGUUUUGGAUUGGGUUUUGAAAGGCUUGUGCAGUUUGCAACUGGUCUAGAGAACAUCAGGGAUGUUAUACCUUUCCCCAGGACUCCUGGUUCUGCAGAAUUUUGAAGCCAAGCAUUAAUUACACUAUCCAAAUUUUUGUAGGUUG